AUGGUUGGUAUCCCUAUCUUCUUCAAGUCUCUUACAGUUUCUGAAGUUGUCUCCAGUUCAGAAGAAGCGCCCUACUGCUUUCGCUAUGCGCUUAGCUCUUCUCGUGGAGCGACAGAUACCUACUACUCGUAUGGGUGCGCAACGACCUCAGACGACAUCCUUUUACUGGAUUCAGCAACAAACGCAGAAGUAAAGACGAAACAGGCGGAUCCCACACAGCAAGGUGGCGUCGCAAAUCCAUUAUCAUCCAGCCCUGUAUCGAUCCCAGGCGUGGGAACACCCAGCGAUCCAACCAUCGGGUCUUCUACUCCCUCACAAAGUAGCUCUAGUAAAAGCAUCCUAAGUACCACGGCAAUUGUCGUCAUUGCCUUGGUGGGCGCUGUUAUACUUAUUGUCGGCCUAGUCGUCGGAUGUUGCUGCUGGCGAAGAAAACGCAGACAGCACGCAAAUCGCAUCCGUCCGAACAAUACAUAUGUGCCGCACUACGAACCUACCGUCACACAAGGGCCUGGGUCGACCUAUGAACCUACUGUCAUGCAGGGGCCUGGGCCGAGCAGGAUACGCUUAUGGAAUAACAACACGCCUCUCGGUGCAUCUCCUGAUGUAGACCCGUCCGAAACUGGGAGCCAAUGGGGUGGACCAAGCGCGUAUACGGAGCGGAGGCCUAUGAACACGGUUUAUGAACACUAG